AUGUCACUUAGUGAUGCCAAGGAGAGAGAACAGCCCAUCUUCACCACCAGAGCCCAUGUCUUCCAAAUUGACCCCAGCACGAAGAAGAACUGGGUUCCCGCAAGCAAGCAGGCUGUAACUGUUUCCUACUUCUAUGACAGCACGAGAAACAGCUAUCGGAUUAUCAGUGUGGAUGGAGCCAAGGUGAUCAUAAACAGCACAAUCACACCUAACAUGACCUUCACUAAAACCUCGCAGAAGUUUGGCCAGUGGGCGGACAGCAGAGCGAAUACUGUGUUUGGUUUGGGCUUUCCCUCGGAGCAGCAGCUGACGAAGUUUGCAGAGAAAUUCCAGGAAGUAAAAGAAGCUGCCAAACUAGCAAGAGACAGAUCUCAAGAGAAAAUUGAGACCUCAAGCAAUCAUUCCCAGGAAUCUGGACGUGAAACACCAUCUUCCACUCGAGCAUCUAGUGUGAACGGGACAGAUGAUGAGAAGGCAUCACAUGGUGGUCCUGCUGAGGCACAUCUCAAGUCUGAGAAUGAUAAAUUAAAAAUCGCUCUAGCUCAGAGUUCAUCCAACGUGAAGAAGUGGGAGACGGAGCUGCAGACGCUGCGUGAGAGCAACGCCCGGCUGACCACGGCGCUGCAGGAGUCGGCGGCCAGCAUCGAGCACUGGAAGAAGCAGUUCUCAGCCUGCAAGGAGGAAAACGACCAGCUCAGGAGCAAGAUUGAAGAACUGGAGGAACAGUGCAAUGAAAUAAAUAAAGAGAAGGAAAGAAAUGCGCAGCUGAGUAGACGUCUCCAGGAACUGGAAACAGAACUUCAGGACAAAGAGCUGGAACUGGAAGAGCUCCGAAAGCAGGGUGAAAUUAUACCACAGCUAAUGUCAGAAUGUGAAUCUGUAUCUCAACAAUUACAGGCUGCUGAGAAAAAGAACAAAGAUCUCGAAGAGAAAGUCAGAACGCUAAGGACAGAAGUCGAAGAGAGCAAACAUAGGCAGACCAACCUUAAAACUGAAUUAAAGAAUUUUUUAGAUGUACUAGACGGGAAGAUAGAUGAAUUACAUGAUUUCCGACAAGGACUGUCUAAACUUGGGGUUGACAAUUAGAUGGCAAUAGAAUUUUCUUUUUUUUUUUUUUUUUUUUUCUGGAUGUUUGAUGUUUCGUUGAUCCCAAACGUUGUGUUUUACAAAAUAUAACUAGAAUGUUCCACUUGUUUGCAUUGUUUUUGUACAUAGAGGCUGAAAAUUUGCUGUGGGGGGUUUUUGUUGGUGGGGUUUUUGGUUUUUUUUUUGGUUUUGUUUAUUUUCCAAACCAAUCAUGCUGCUCACUGAAUUCUGUUGAGAUUAGAAACUUUCUAUAUUGCUGCUCUGGCUUCGUGCAGUUGGGAACAGGUAGAGGGUUCUGUCUCAGGAAUCUGGAACUAGAUCUACCUUAAAAUGAAUAUGCAGUUAGUUGUUGCAGGGAAAUUUAUAUCUUUCUUAAGGGCUGUUGCAACCAUAGAAACAGAAAACAAGUCUUUUUCUUGUCCGGACUAUCAGAAACAUCCUAGAAACAUCCACUUUUAUUCCUUGGUGGAACAGAGGGAAGAUUAGCUGAAGCUCCUGCAGUUUGUAAAAUGUGCCUGUGAUGAGCUGCAGUCGAGUGAAUCACUUCACACAGAUACCAGUAGCUUUAGGGACCGUGUCAAUCAGGCCUGAUUCACCCCAAAAUUCCAGUGGAUUUCAGAUAACCUCCAAUACAAGUUGCAUGUGCUUGCCUGGACCCGUACAGCCCAAAGUCAACCAUGUAGAAAUGAAUGUCAGCUCUCCAAGUCAUGUAUCUUACGCAGUAGGUGCAGACAGCUUCUCUUGCUUAGCAAGAUCAUCUCUGGCCCUCAGUUUUGGACCCGUAUAGUUCUGUUGUUAUGUGCAUCUCUUAAAAAAUGCCCACCUGAGUCUUGAGACCAGAUACUUAUUUUAAAAAGCGUUAUGUUGCUGGUUUGUACACAGGGCACCCGCAGCUCGGUGCAACUUGAUCACUGUUGAUUAACUUCUGCGGUAGGGAAGGAGGAGACAAUCUAAAAAGCAAUACAAGGUUAUUUGAACGUGUUUCUCAGAAGUAAGUUCCUGCCCAGGAGACCGUCAGGGUCAUGACCACAUGAAAUCAAAAUCCUUUCCUAUGAUUUCUGCAUUCUCACCUCAUAUAUCUUUGUCGGUAGGGUGGGAAUUAGUCACCAGGCUAGGCAGUCCAAAAAAAACCUCCAACCUGGAACGCAGAACUACUGUUGUAUUCUCAAACUGAUUAUUCAGCAGCUCUAAAUAUGUUUUGAGAAAUGCAAGGUCAUGCACUGGGCUUCAGCAAGAAGGAAGUUCACUCUCCAGACAGGGAUGUAAAAAGGGCCAGAGAGGAGAAUUCAGCCAAAGUUCUGCUCUUGCUCCGAGGACUGCCUUCAGCUUCUUUCUCUUCUUUCUCCAUAACCUGGUUUGAGAGUCCGUUGACAUGGGAUCUGAAUUAAUUCAGGCAAGAACUUUUGUUGAAGUGACAUCAUUAUUAUUUGCUUAAUUCAGGCGAAAGCUUGGUUAAGCACCGCGUCAGUGCAUUCCAGCAGUGACUGAUAGAAAAUGGCCGUGCUUUUCUUUUUAUUUAGGGGCUGCUUUCUUUUCUUGGCACAUAUCAGUUAUAAAAGUGACCUUUAACAGAAAGGUGAGUUGUAGGUGAAACGUGCAUUGAAUACUUUUUGCACACAGCUAUAUAAUCCCCAUGCUAGAGAUAGAUUCUGUCUCCAAUUGUCCCUUGAAUUUUCAUUUCAUCUGUUACUGUUGAGUUGUCUUCAUUGCCUGUUUUUUUUUAGACUGGACUUUGUGUAUUUUUUGCUUUUGCUCCUUUUAAACAACGGAUGUGAAGCUGGGACCUUUCGUAACCAUUAUGACCACUUAAGGAUCUUUAAAAAAGAUUGCUGUAGGCUGUCGAUAUUUAAAAAUAAAAAUAAAAAUCAGGUACAUAGCAUGUAGGCGUGUGAAAAUUAGACUUUGCCAGCACGGAAGAUUCAACAGUUGCAUAAUGUGGGGUUAGAUCAGACUUCUCAAAACUGAAAAUGACGUCAGAAACUGUGUGUGGUUGUGCACAAGUAAUCUCAGAUUUUAUUUUUUUUAUUUGAUAGCAAGUGAGAUAAACACCGCCAUUCCACAGGCAGCUUGUCCUGCUUCUCCUCUCCUCCCAUGCUGCUUUGGAGUUCCCAGACGAGCCAGUCCCAGCAUCAGCUGGGAACCAGGGAAUAACACAACUAAGAGCUGCAAGCAAUACGGGUAGUCAGGGCUCUCCUUGUCACAGUGGUUGAUUGUUUUUGCACCAAGGACCUUGCUCCAUCUUGUUUCCUUUUUUUCUGUUGAUCAAUCUUAGGGCUUCCUUCUUGGUUUGAAUAUAAAAUAUUAUUUUUAACGUGAUUCUGACUAGAGGGAUGCAAGGGACUCUGUUUUUAUUUUAUUGGGGUUAAUCCAGAUCUUUUUUUCACUUUAGUCAGGUCUAUCUCAGAUCCGGUUCAUUAGGAGUGUAUUAAGCCACUCUUAAAUUCUAAGAAAAGUGUUUCUAGGGGAUUGAAUCAAUUUAGCAGAUGGAGUUUAAUGCUGGCACAUUAAACCAGUGCACAGUGCUGACACAGGCGGUUAUUUCUGGGUGUUUCCUGCCCAUCAGAGGAACAACGGGGAUGUCCUUAGAGAAAUCCCUGCCCUAUCUUUCUAGUCUUGCCCCAGAUGUAUGUAUCUGCUGUUGCCCUGCUGUUGGGUUGUUGGGGAUGCCUGUACACAGCUACACGCUGUGGGAAACUCCAUCCUUCAAGCAUCCAGGGUCUUGCUAUAAUUACCUUCUUUCUCUCUUUUUCCUUCCAAACAGCAGUAGGUUGAGAGUUUCUGUGUACAAUCACUUAAAACCCUCUCUCAGACUGCCAUUUCUUUUAACCUUUCCCUCUCUUUCAUUGUAUUUUUCCCCUUUAAAAGCCAAAAGUGUACUAGGAAGAGGCCGUGCGUGCUCUCGGGAGCGUUUGGACACCAGCUGCAGCUCCCCUCUCCAGCCUGGCCCCAUCCCUGCCCCAGGACUAGAGCCCCGUGCUCCUGCUGCGUGGGGACCGUUGUGUCACACACGGCUUAUUCCUUGAUGCUCUGUGGUGGCCCAGCAAUAACACCUGCCUGCCAACCUGUGAGCCCCGUGCUGCUCCCCAUCCUGGCAUUGAAAUGCCUCUUCCCUCCUGGCGGGAGCACUGGGGCGGCCAGCCUUCCUCUGCCAAAAUGCCCACACCACUGCAUGGAUGCAUUUGUUCCUCCUUUUGUGUGCGUUGGGGUUCCAGCCCGUUGCUGAGGCAGGAGCUGUGCUCAGCUGGCAGCCACCUGCUUAGGGAGAGCCACAAACGCCGCUGGGGCCAAGAAAUGUUCAUCCCUGUCCAAGAGAGGGUCUGCAGAGCUUGGCUUUAUUUGUUAUUCAAAUACAGUGCUGGGCAAACUGUGGACACAGGUUUCUCCCUCGAAGUGGUUGAUGACAGGACCCAUCCUACCUCAGUGACGUGGUCUUUCGUUAUAAAGGUCUUGCACUUGGCGCUCGCUGUGCCGAAUCCCGUCAGCCUCACGUCCUGCCCUGCUGCCCACCCUGCCUGCCUGGCCCCCUGGUACACGGGAAGAAAAUUCUGUGCUGGCCUGUCGUGCCACCGGCUUGGAGAGCGUCUUACUCCCUUCUGGCAUUUCCAGUGAGCUGCUCCUUGGGGCUGGUGUUAGAGCUGCUGAAUAAUGGUGGGGGUGGGUUGGUUUUGGUGGCCAAAAUGAGGAAUAAAACAGGUAUUAGCACACAAAAAACCCCACAAAAACAAAAACAAACCGCUAGAAAUAUUCUGUGACGUAAAAAUGCAUGGAGAUAAUUAUUUCCAAGGGGAAAGAAUGUUCCAUUAGAUAUGUUAUUUCACAUUUUGGAAGAUGACCUUAGCCUCAUCUCUGGAAUAAAUUAUUUCAAAAUGAAGAACUGAAACAUUGUUUCACACCCCAGAAUAAAAUAGGUUGACCUUUUGUGCGCUUAUUUUUUUUUUUCCUAUUUGGCUGAAUAUUUAUUUGCUGAUUUUGACUCCGCAAGUAGUUUUGUUUGGCCUAAAUGUGCAUUUUCAGCAAAAUUAGUACUUUCUCGUGUUCUCCUGUCUACAUCUAAUUGGUGUCUCCUCCACUAAGUGGGCUCACUGGAAGAAAACUGUCUUUUCUGUAAGAAAUUCAGUGCCACCUCUCACUUUCUGUAUCCUAGCAUUUUUAAAAAUAGUUUUACACUGGGUGAAUCAGUGCCCAGAAAACAAAUGUUAUUUAGACAAUGCCUUUUUUCUACACAAACGCCUGAUUUUAUUUUUAUGAGAGUGAUUUAGGGUGAGCAUUUUUUAAAGCUGUCCAGUUAAUUAAGAAGAGCAGGGAAGGGUUUCUGCUGUUCCUCCUGCUGUCUCUGCCACUGCCGUCGCUUUCGAAGAGCAUCAGCAAAAGCAUCUGGGGAGUUAAGGCAGGUGCUCACCCUGUGUUUGCUCGGUAGCUUGGCGGGCAUGGGGAGCCCAUGUCCCCAUCUCAGCAGGGCACAAAUUGUCCAUAGACUUCUGCACUCUUCUGCAUGCUGUUUAUUUUUUUUUGUUUGUUUUUCCCCCUAAGCGUUCAUUUUCUCCCUUGUCAAUUUUUUGCCACCUUUGGCUGCUUCAUAAAUGACAGAAGGAAAAUUCCCCGUUACAGCCACCACCUCGUAGUGGUGGGAGUCUCUCAACUACAAGCCCAUGGGGUUUUUUAGGCUUUUCCGAAUAGUUAUCUCUGCAAAACCCUUCAAAGCGUCAAUGGCUUGUAAAGAAUAUAGUGCUGUCUUCCUGAGCUUAUGGAUUAGCAAUGAUAAAACCACUAUCAGGGUGAAACGUCCUGCUUGGCUUAGUGCAUGAGUGAUGCUGAGUCCAAAGUCAAAGGGUGUAAGGGAGGAUCAGCAGCGGCUAACUUUGACAACCAUUUCAGCAGAAGCUUCAGUGAAAGAUGUGCUCUGACCACAAGCUGUGGAUGUGCCAAAGGUCUAGGAUGGCCACACUGAUCCAUCAGCUCACCUGCCUUUGUCCAGGCAGUUCUGGGCUUGUCAAGCCUGUAAAUAUCAAAAAGCCCUCAGCGUAUCACAGACGUGGCAGUGUGAGGGAUGGAGGGCAAAUACCCGCACACAGAGCUGUGCGGCGCGAGAGCGUUGCAGCACGGCACUGGAUUAUGGUCAGACACUUUCAGUCAAAAAUCGGAAAAGCUGUUGCCAUCCUACACAGGCUCAGCAGUAGCAGAGUCCUUGCAGAAGGGCAGGUUGAUCUUUUGGGGUGCUGGGAGGGAGCUGGGCUGGUGGGGGUCUGGCUGUGAGCGUGAUUCAGCAGGUACGACAGAGCCACCGUAAGGUAGUUUUUCUUUCCAUGGAUCAUGUUCAACAAGCACCUGUGUAUCAAACAAAGCAAUACAUAGCCACAAAACAGUUAAUCCAGACACAUCUCCAGGCAGAGAGCCCUGGCUGGGGACGCUGUGCCUGGAGUCCUGCACCCCCAGGAGCUCGGCAGUUCUUUAGGGUCAUUAUCAGAAUAUAAACUUGCCAUGAAGUUUGCGUGUCUUAAAUACCGUUCUCUGCAGUAAAUGGUAAGGUAUCUGAAGAGAAAUAGAGUCAGGAGGUAAAUGGUAAAUGUGAUGAAGGUGCUUCCCAAAGGAGAGCUCUCCCUCAGGCUGCUGGCAGAGCUGGUCCUGGCUGGGAGGGCUUGGCUUGCAUCCCUGGGGGAUCUUGGAUGUCUAACCUGUUUGACUUUCUACUGUGUUCUGUCUUAGCUCUUCUUCUUUUUCUUCUUCUUCUUUUUUUUUUUUUUUUUAAAAAAAACCAGCCUAAACAUACAGUCUUCAGAUGAAGGUGCCUAUACCUCCAAAAAUUUUAUAUGCACGUUUUGAAAUAGAUUUCUUUUUCCUUUCUGAUCAUUUAGUUACCUAAUAAUAAUGGUACAUACAAGAAAGGCACUUGGGAAAAAUCUGCCUGCUGUUACAUUGUGUGGGUUGGUUUUGUUUUGUUUUUUAACACUAGUCAGCAAUAAUUAUUUUAGCCAUAUACUAGCUAAAAAGAUGGAUAAUGUAAGAUUUGUGAACUAAGCUUCUAAGUUUGCAGUGCAUUGAUUAACUUGAUUAUGUGAAGAGGGAGCUAUGCUCAAUAAAGGAGUAUUUUGCAGCAUUUAGAUGUUUUCAUUUAAUUGCCUAAUAGUGAUCAUGAACACGAUAUUCUAUAAAACUCAUCAUGAAUGACAAGCAAAGCACAUCAUUUUUAACAUGAAUAUAUCCCUUGUAGUUGAAAGUUCUGAGAGUGUUUUAGUGUGGUCUGCUAUACCAAAAUAUUUAGGUUAUUAUGAGAUUUUAGUACUAAAGAUAAACAUACACCCUGUUUUUACUGUUUCAAGUAAAGUUUAGUGAAUGACUGACAGUUUGUUGAUACACAACUGUGGGAAAACACUGCAGUGCUCUAAAUGUAUAUUUUUUGUUUGGGUUUCUUAUAUUUAGGAUAUGGUUUAAUGAAAACUGAAGUGUUUACUACAGUUGAAUCAUUGUAAAAACAUCUCUGACCUCGUCAUUUGUCUGCUGUGAAAAAGUACUUUCCUCUUCUUUUUUUUUUUUCCUUUUCCUUUUUUUUUUAAAAAAAAAAAAUUGACCAUAGACAAUGUUGACAUUUAGACUCCUAGUAGCAGUAAAUGCUGGGUUUUAUAUAUAUAAAAGGAAAACUUGAUUUUUUUCUUUAUGAACUUAUUAUAUAACUUUGUGAUUUUUAUCUGAUUUUAUUGUAACAUAAAGUUGUUUUAUGUAAAAAUAUAUAGUUUAAGUAAAA